AUGUGUUCGAUGAACGUGGCGCGUCUCGCGGGUGGUGGUCGGGGUAAAACUGACGCGUGUUGCGCGUGGUGCCAUUACCUGGAAUCGGUGAGAACAGGCGGGCAGUUGGUGAUCAGGCUGGCGGGCACCGGGGAAACGUUUCAAAGGGCAUGGCGACCACGCCACUAGGCGGUCGCCUCCCUAACGUAAACCGCAAAGGACCAUCUCCGUUCAUCGGUGGUGGUGGUGGUGGCAACAACAACAACAUAAAUUACGGCAUCGGUAACGGCAACAAUAACAGCAGCGGCAAUCACGUUAUCAAGAAUAAUCAUCACGGUAGUAACAACAACGGUGGCGGUGGCAACAACAACAACAACAACAAUAAUAACAACAAUAAUAAUUACAGCCGUAACAACAACAACAACAACAAUACCACCAACGGGAACCACUUCAGUCAUCGUAGCACUAGCCACGAUAACAGUGGGAGCCACGUGGACAGCAGCCACGGAAAAACUGGUUGUACGAUCGAGUGUGGAACAAACAACAACGGACACCACAACGGUGGCAACGGCGCAACUACUGGCAUCUGCGGUGGUAAACACAACGGCGGACAACAUAUCGUUGGUGGUAACGUCGGAGGGGGUGCUGGAGGAGCAGGCGGAAGAGGAGGAGGAGGGGGAGGGGGAGGAGGCGGAGGCGUUGGUGGUCACUCGUCGAGAAAGCAGGAACGCGGGCUAGCAAGAAAAGAUCAUCGGGAUCACCGGCAUCACCAUCAUCAUCACCAUCAUCACCAUCAUCACCAUCAUCAUCACCAUCAUCACCAUCAAGGUCGAGAGAGAUCGUCGUCGUCGUCGUCGUCGUCGUCGUCAUCGGGACAACAGCGCGAGUCUAAAGCAAGCACGGUGGCUGCAAACACCGAUGAGCUGGAUCCGGCCGCGACGAAUGCGACCAACAACUUCGAGUACGACGACAACGAAUGGGACAUCGGCAUAGGAGAUUUGAUAAUCGACCUUGAUGCGGACAUUGAGAAGACGAGGGACGAGAAAUUGAGCUCAGGGACAGGCAUGGCUUCUACGCCUGCCUCGGCAGCAUCAGCAUCGAAUACCACGAAUCACCAUCAUCAUCACCAUCAUCAUCAAUUGCAGAGUACAGCGAACGGCUUGGGCUCGUCGAAUUUGAUCGUAGCUACGACAGCAAGCCCAAACGGUUGCGGUCAGUCGUCAAACUCGUCGUCGUCGUCGUCGCCGUCUCCCGCGAACGGGAACGGAAGCAUCGUGAAUAACGUCGGUAGCAACGGUACUGGAAACGCGAACGGUUCCUCGGCGAUCGUCGCGGGCACCGUUGGUAAACAGAGUAGUAACGCCGUGGUGGUAGGUAGUAGCGUUAACGCCGCGCACGGGAAUCCUGGUAAUCCGGGCAAAAUGGCCGUUGAACAUUCGGCCACCGUCGACAAAGGACUGAAAAUGAAGAUCAAACGUACGAAACCGGGCACGAAGAGCAGCGAGGCGAAACACGAGAUCGUCAAAUCGAACGAAAUCAAUGGAACGAUGUCGUCGCAGGAUAGCGGGAACGGUGGCGCCGGUUCCCUAUCCUCGAGUGGUUCGUCGGUGUCGGAUCGGUCGGGUGGCACGAGUUCCUCGUCGUCGAUCGGCUCGGCUUCGGUUGUCGGUCAGAACGCUCAAAACUCGGACUGCGCUACGGGUGGAACCGGUGGAACUGGAACCGGUGGGGCCAGCGGUGGCGGAGGUGUUGGUGUCGGUGUCGGUGUCGGUGUCGGUGGCAGUGGUGGUGGUGGUGGUGGUGGUGGUUGUAGCGGCGGUGGCGGCAGCGGUGCCGGUGUCGGUGGCAGCAGUGCCGGCGGCUGUGGCGUCGGUGCCGGUGGAACUGGUGGCGUCGCCGGGCCCGGAUCCGGCGGCGGAGGUACCGGCAGUGGUAGUGGAGGUGUUGGCGGUGGCAGUGGUACCGGUGGUCAGUCAUCCUCGUCCUCCUCGUCGUCGUCGUCGUCUUCGUCGUCUAAUAAGUCAAAGCCAAGUCAUUCCGGAGGUUCUGCAAGCGGAACUGGUAGCACGUCCUCUUCAACUGCCGGCUCUAAGAGAGGAUCGAGCGGACACCGUCGGGAUAAGGCGCGAGACAAGCACGAGAAGCCGCAGAGCAAUCACUCGGUCAGCCAGCAGAGCAAAUCAGAGAUGAAUGGGACCGCGAGACUGGGUGGCGGUGGCGGCGGCGGUGGUGGCGGUGGCGGUGGUGGAUCCAGCGGAGGUAGCAGCAGUGGUGGCGGUGGCGGCGGUAGCGGUGGACAGGGUCAGACGUCGAACGGACCGGGGCCGGGUCCAGGGCCUGGGCCAGGGCCAGGCUUGGGCGCUGGUGUUGGGGUUGGAGCCGGAGCCACCGGGGCUGGGGCGGUCGCGCAAUCUCAGGGACCGCCGGCAGCCGCGACCGCCCCCCAGCAGAAUCAGGGACCGCCGCCGAGCUCGCGGACUGGAUUCUCGGUGUCCCAGGGGCCUGGUCCACCGGCCAACUCCGCCGCGGCGCCUUGUCCACCCCCGAGUCCAGCCAGCGCGACCGCCGCCGGUCCGGCUGCCAAACCCGAACAGACGAAACUCGCCACGGUACCCGGUACCGGACCUCCGAUCACCACAACGCCCGACGACGCCAUGGAUACCGCGGCCAGUCCUCCACCUCCGAAGAAAAUGAAGACUUCCGCUUCCGAACCAAAGGACAUGUCCGACGUGUGCGUCGGUACCAGCGUGGGGACUAUCACCGAGCCGGAAUGUUUGGGACCUUGCGAGCCUGGGACGUCGGUGACUCUCGAGGGGAUAGUUUGGCACGAGACAGAAGGAGGUGUACUGGUGGUGAACGUAACGUGGCGGGGGAAAACGUACGUGGGUACGUUACUGGACUGCACUCGUCACGAUUGGGCGCCGCCGAGAUUCUGUGACUCUCCGACCAGCGACCUCGACGCAAGGACACCGAAGGGUCGGGGCAAGAGGGGCAGAGCGGCGGCAAACGCAACACCGGGCAACGACCUGAGCAACUUCACGGAGACGAGGAGCUCGGUGCACAGUAAACUGCGAAAUGGUGGCGCGAAAGGUCGUCGUGGCGCGCAAGGUUCGCCGGCAGCGAGUCCGAGUCCUGCCGCGUUCGUCCCGCCACGACCGGAUCCAGCGGCAAAGAGGAAAUCCAGAGGUCCCGAGGAAGAGGACAAAAAUAAGAGGCGAGCUCCUCCGCCUACGCCGCCGAGUGGUUCGCCGCCGGCCAGUCCGGUAUUACUUGAAUGCCCGGAACCGAACUGUAACAAAAAGUACAAACACAUAAACGGGCUCAAGUAUCAUCAGAGUCACGCGCACGGCUCGGCGGACGACGACGACACGAAGGAAGGCAUCACCAGUAUGUCCGAGAACGACGAGAGCAAUAUCGAGGCCCCGAGUCCGGCGACACCAGUCAAGUCGCCGGCAGACAAACCCGAGGGAACGCCACUCCGGCCGGCUAGUCCUCCGACGGCCGGCUUACCCCCCGAAACGCCGCCUCCUCCGCCCCGUGUCACCUCCCCGAGCAUAGAAUCAUCACCCGCGUCCGUGCUCACGUCGGAAAGUAGCAAGAGCAUCGUGAAACCGGGUGUGCUGAGAUUUGGCCAGGAAGAUUUGCCCGCGCCGUCCUCGACGAUACCAACCUCGGCGAGGCAGCAACAACAACAACAGGCCGCGCAACAGCAGCAACACCAGCAACAGCAGCAGCAGCAGCAGCAGUCGAACCAAUUGGGUGGUUCGAACUCGCCUCCUAGUCCGAGUCCUCGAACUAGUCAGUCGCCGAGAUCGGUACCUUCGCCUCACCCGAGUGCAAACAUUCCGGCUCCGUUGAAUAUUCCUCAGCCGCCACAGCCGUCCCAAUUGUCGCAGCACUCGCAGCAAACGAAUCCCCUUCUACAACCGAGUCAACAAUCGUUGCAGCCUGGCCAACCGGGGCCACCGCCUCCGCCGCAAUCCAGUCAACAAUUGCAGUCGUCUAUUCAACAACAGCAGCAACAACAACAGCAGCAGCUGCCACCUGCUCACCAAUUGUCCGUGCAGCAUUCGUUGUCGGCGCAACUCGGUCAGCCAACGCAGGCUCACGUGGUGCAACAGGCUGGACUGCAACAACAGCAACAGCAGUCGCAGCCGAGCGGAUUGCAAGGUAUCGCAAGCCAACAUCCGGCCCUUCAAGGUCUCUCUAGCCAAGUGUCGCAGCAAGCGGCAGGUCUGCAAGCACCCGUCUCGUCGCAACAACCCGGCCACCCAGGACAGAGUGUGCAAGCACACUUGCAACCCUAUCAGAGCGUGUCGUUGCACGCGAAGAUGCCACAAUUCAAGGUUAAACCUACUGCGGCUCUGAUGCCCGACCAGGACAAGAACAAGGAUCCGAGGACGUCGUCGAAACCUCAGGGAUACAAGAAGAAGUCGAGGAAGUCGCCGGGUGGCAGCCCACAUCCAUCGCCGUUGGAACCGCCGAUUGUCGACGCGGCACGAGAAGACGUGCAAAGCCCGGCCUACUCGGACAUCUCCGACGACGCGGCACCGAUGCUCGAAGCGGAGCCGGCCGACAAAUCGAAACAGAGCCAGGAGAAGGACGGGAAAGCGGCGGCGAGCGCGCAUCUACCGGCUCAUUUCAACAUGUAUCCGUAUUAUGGCCAACCCCCUUACCUCGUGCCGAGCGUUCCUGAGAGCAAACCGGUCGAUCAAAAGCCGAGCGAUCUCACUCCGAAGCAAGAAAUGAAGCCGCUCAACAUACCGCAGAUGCCGACGCUAGCCAGCCUGCAGAGCGUCGUAGCGGAGAAGGAAAAGAAGGAAUUGAGUCAGUCGGUGCCACAACCGCAGCCUCAACAGCCCCACUAUUACGGCGGCUAUGGCGGUUACAUGCCGCCCGAACAAGAGAUGCACGAGCAAAAGGCAAAGAUCAAGCAGGAGCCGCAGUCACAGCAGCAGCAACAGCAGCAGCCUAGCUUGAAGGACAAGCAGCACGAGAACCAUCAGAUACUGAAGGAGAGUAUCGAGAUGAAGAGUCAAAUGAGUCCGUAUCACGUGUAUCACAGCGGGCAGAGUCAGAGAGCGGCACCUCCACCGCCGCCACCUGGUCCGAUGCAGGACGAUCGAAGGUAUUACCUGUACCCGGGCGAUCAGAGGCGAAAGGAAGAAGCGAGCAAACAGAGUCAACAGGCGAAACCACCACCACCGAGUCCGAAGCACCAACCGAAGCAGGAGAAGCCGCAGGACUUGGGGAAGAACGACGACUCGAAGAGCAAGCAGGAGGGUGUGAAACCGACGAUGGAGACGCAAGGACCACCGCCACCGCCCACCUCGCAGUAUGCCUACAUUCACCCGGGUUACAUGCAACCGCAGCAUUACAGCGCGUUGCCAUUCGAUCCCGGUCAUCCUAUGUAUCGCGGGCUCAGCCCGAUGUUGGUUCCUGGACCGUAUUCCGGCAACCCGUACCUCCAUCAAUUGCCGAGGUACCACGCGCCGGAGGAUCUCAGUAGACCGCCUGGCGGCAAAGCCCUCGACUUACUUCAGCAUCAUGCCAAUCAGUAUUACUCGGCGCACAAGAUACACGAGCUUCAGGAGCGUGCGCUCAAGUCGCCCACGCCGAAAACGUCCGCGGCGUCGGCCAGUCCCUCGUCAGCGGGGCCGACACCUUCGCGGCCACCAAGCGGGCCGCCUAGCUCGGUAGCGGGGCCGGGUCCACCGCAGUCGCAGGCUCAACAAUCCCAGACCAAGCAGCAAAGUCAAUCGGCAGGGCAACAGUCUCAGCAGCAGCAGCCUCCACCGGUCGACGGUAGCGCCGGAACUUUGACCAAGGACAAUAGAUCACCUCCGCCUCAGCGACACGUGCACACGCAUCAUCACACGCACGUUGGCCUAGGCUAUCCCCUAUUGACUGGACAAUAUCCUGCCCCUUACGGAGCGGCGAUGCUGGCGAGUCAGCAGGCCGCCGCGGUAGCCGCAUCGGUGAUCUCGCCAUUCCCGCCCAAGUGACCCGCGGCCCCCGGUCCCGUACUAGCUGCCGGAACAACCGGACCCACCUCCGCACAAACUCAUCACACGUCUCAUCAUCCGCCGGUUAGCGGCGCAACCGCCGCGGGACAUCCGCACUCUGCUACCGCUGGCAGGCAACCUUAGGAUCGUCUCGGGAAUACCGCUAAUUCGGCACUGCUACCUCUUCUUCAUUAACGCGACCAGCCAGAGAGAGAGAGAGAGAGAGA